UAGCAAACGACAUGGCACGAGCAGAGAGCAAAGUGCAGUGGCGGCUGGUCUGGUUGUCUGCGGGUGGAAUGUGAAAUGUCCAUGACGACGUGCAACGACCACCAGAUCUACGAGACUUGCUCAGUCAGCAGAAGGGUGCUGAGGCUUCAUAGUAGAAGAUGGGCAGGCGGGGACAGUCAAGAACACAGCAGGGUCCUGGAGGCCUGCAUACAUCGCACCAGGACACCUCUUCGGGACACAGUAAGCCUGACCAUGUACCGCUCGCAAUGUGGGACUUCAACCACUGCGAUCCAAAGCGCUGUUCAGGCAAGAAAAUGGAACGCAAGGGUCUCAUAUUCGGUCUUCGCGUCGGGCAAAAGUUCCCGGGCGUUGUCGUGACGCCUAACGGCAAGCUGCCCGUCUCCCCUGCCGAUGCGCAUCUUGUUGUUGGUGGCGGUGUCGCUGUGGUCGAAUGCUCCUGGGCAAGACUCUCUGAGGUCCCUUUUACGCGGAUUGGUGGACCUUGUGAGCGGCUCUUGCCUUACUUGAUUGCCACCAAUCCGGUCAACUAUGGCAAACCUUUGCGUCUCAAUUGCGUCGAAGCCAUUGCUGCCUGUCUGUGCAUCACGGGCAAGGAAGAGCAAGCACGAGACAUCAUGUCGCAUUUCAGCUGGGGCGAAGCCUUCUUUGAUGUCAAUCGAGAACUGCUGGAUUUGUAUGCAAGCUGUACAGACUCGGCCGAUGUGCAAACGAAGCAGGAAGAGUGGAUGGAGAAGCUUGAGAAGGAGUAUACAGACCGUCGAAAGGCAGGCAGUGACGAAGAUGCAGAUGCAGACGAUGACAGCGAACAGGAUGAUGGCCUGGCGACGUACACGACUGACCGCCUGGGCAACCGCGUCAGAAUACAACCGGUGACUUCUCAGGGUCAGGGUGCUGCUAUCGAGUAG